ACCACACAUUUCUUCCUUAUAAGGAUACAGUAAUCACAUUUAAUGUCUGCAUUAAGUUUAUGAGAGAAAUAAAAUGCAAACGUCUGGAAAUUGAAUAUACCAGCAUAUUUGUAUGCAUUCGCAAGUGAAUAGGUUGCAAGAGUGUUGUUGGAAGCGUAUUUUAAAACCCAGAAGAAAACACGAGACUUUUCUUAGUGUAUUCAGUUAUUUAAGAAGCUUCUUGUUACUAUGUUGCAGAUAAGACGGGUAGCAUUUUAUAAUAGACAGUUACAGUGCUUGUGCAAAUUUCCAAAGAACCUGUGGCAGUCUUGGCAGCAUGCCGGUGUUGGUUAUAUGAAAGUGAGGCAAAAAUCAACAACUAAGAAGCCUUUAGAAGGGCCAUUACAACAGGAAAAUAACUCAUUCACAGAAGACUUCAGUUCCCUAUCAGAGUCCCAUAUUAAUCAAGACCAUGUUUUACAUUAUGAUGGAGAUCAAAUACUGAGAAUUGUAAAAGAGCACCCAUCUCAUAAACCAGUGGAAAAGGAAAUUGACAAAGCAGACUUUUCAGAUUUUUAUAAAAGGUAUGGAGAGGAUUCAACAAGUAGUAGUGAAAACAAUGAAAACAGCAGUAUACAAAUUCUUCCAUUACAUGAUGUUCUCAAAACUCUUCAAGAGGAACAUUUUAAAAGAUAUCCAAGUAGAGGCCAAGAGAAAAGGCAAGAAAGCACUCAAGCCCCCAGUGACUCAAAAAUUGAUAGAGAACAGAAAUCUAAUAGCAAAGAUACUACCUCUGAGAGAGGAAAAAAUGUCCACAAGAAUAAUCAUAAGUCAAGUACUUCACAAAGUAAGAAAAAAAUUGUUAUCAUCAAAGGAAAGAAUGAUAUUAAUAAGCAUAAAAUUAAUCAAAUCAAUCAAAUUCCUAGGAAUCAUAAUCAGGCAAAACCACUCAUUGGAAUGUUACAUGGAUUGUCAGAUGAAGGGAAAAAAAUUCUUGAUUUGUCAAAAAAAUCUCUAAAAGAAGCUGAGAGAAGAGAGAACACUGAAUCAAGAAUAAGAGAAAUAUUAAUAAAAGAAUGUAAUAGUAUUCAAAACAAGAAAUCUGCCAGCACACUGUAUAGGGAGAGUAAGCUUGGAAUUCAGAUGCUCUCCUCUCCCUUGUAUGAACAACUCUUUUCUAAUGUUACUCCAAAAGAAGAACAGGAGACUGAAGAGGAUUUAGAGAGAAGCAAGGAGCAUCUUAUUUCUCAAGGCCUGUGGGGAAAAGAACCAUCUGUUCUUCCUGACUUUGAUUUUAAGUUGCCUCCAUUAAAAGAUAGAGAACUUGAUCAACAUUUUCGCAUUAUUGCUGAAGAGCAGUGUGCACCCUAUAAAGAUUUGCUUAAUCAAUUGGUAGGUGCAGAAAUACCAAGUAUUCCCAGAAAAUGGCAGUUUUUAGCUGGAUGGACUCGUUAUAAUUCUAAUGGAAGUUUCACUGCAGUUGACUACCCAGACUGUAAAGCUUUAGUUUUUGAUGUAGAAGUUUGUGUAGAAGAAGGGAAAGGGCCAACUUUAGCUACUGCAGUUUCAGAUAAGUAUUGGUAUUCUUGGUGUAGUAAUUUAUUGGUUGAAGAUCAAAGAGAAGGGACCCAAGAAGUUCUUUACAAUGACCUUAUACCUCUUGAAUCAGUGAAAGAAACUGGCUUUGAUCAGGAUAAGAGCAUGCCAAGAGUUAUUAUUGGGCACAAUGUUAGUUAUGAUAGAUUAAGGGUAUGUGAGCAGUAUCAAGUGGAUGGAACGCCACUACGUUUUGUGGAUACAAUGUCAAUGCACAUUGCUGUAAGUGGACUUAUUUCAGAGCAAAGAGCAAUGAUGUUAAAAAAUAAAAAUGCUGAUAAGAAAGUGAGGCUUCCUUGGAUGUUUGUUGGAUGCCAAAACAGUCUUAAUGAAGUCUUUAAGUUUUAUUGCCGCACAGAUGAAGAACUGAAAAAGGAUAUACGUGAUGUAUUUGUCAAAGGCACUAUUGUUGAUAUUCGUGAAGAUUUUCAAAAUCUGAUGAGUUACUGUGCUAGUGAUGUGAAAGCUACACACAUGGUACUAGUAAAGUUAUUACCUCUAUUUUUUGAACGAUUUCCUCAUCCAGUAAGUUUUGCGGGUAUGUUGGAAAUGGGAACAACAUUUUUACCAGUAACACAAAACUGGAGUAAGUAUGUCAGUGCUGCAGAGUCUGAGUUCCAUAGAAUGGAAAGACUGCUAAAUGAAGAAUUGGUUAAACAAGCAAGAGGAGCACUGAAAUAUGUAGAUAACAAAGAGUAUGAAAAAGACCCAUGGCUUUGGAGUCUUGACUGGUCAGUACCAAAAGGAAGAGUAAAGAAGUUACCUGGAUAUCCAAACUGGUAUAGGAAAUUAUGCGCACACACUGGAGAAAGGGAGGGUACACCUGAACCAGAAAACAUGAGCACUAGUUUACAGGUUGUACCAAGACUACUAAGAUUAACCUGGAAUGGGCUUCCUUUGCAUUAUGAGCGAAAAUAUGGUUGGGGAUACUUGAAACCUAUUUAUGAUAGUGUGAAUGAAAUACCACAUCAGAAAACUACAUUGGACAGCAAUAGUGUGCAUCAGAUUUUUCCAGUGAAUGCUCUCUAUAAGAUGUAUAGUGGACAGAAAAUUGGUAUUGAAAGUUUCCUUAAAGAUAAGGAAAAUAAGAGAAAUGAACUGCCUGAAACAGAACAAGAUUGGUUAUCCCUUUUGUCUGAGAGUGAUUCAGAUGUCAAAGUAUGUGAAAAAAAGAAAUUAAAUGCCCAGAAUCAAAAGAAAAAAGAUGAAGAAAGAGGGUAUGAUAUUGGGAUUCCAGGUGUUGUAUUUAUUCCAUUACCGCAUAAAGAUGGACCAGGCAAUCGUGUAGGUAAUCCCCUUGCAAAAGAUUUUCUUAAAAAAAUUGAGGAUAAAACUCUAAGCAGUUAUUUUGGAGAUAUAGCUGAGCUAGUUCUGAAGACCAGCAAAUCAUUGUCAUAUUGGCGGAAUAACAGAGACAGAAUACUUUCCCAGAUGGUCAUAUGGAAUGACCAGAAUGAGAAAACUGGUAAAGAUAUUUUGGAAGCUAAUGAAAAGAAGGAAUGUAGAACUGGUAUUAUUUUGCCAAUGGUAGUAACAGCGGGUACUAUCACUCGGCGUGCAGUGGAACCUACGUGGAUGACAGCCUCUAAUGCCUACAUAGAUCGCAUUGGUUCUGAACUGAAAGCCAUGGUUGAAGCCCCUCCUGGAUACCAUUUUGUUGGAGCAGAUGUUGACUCACAGGAAUUGUGGAUUGCUGCUGUGCUUGGUGAUGCAUAUUUCUCUGGUGAGCAUGGAGCUACUGCCCUUGGCUGGAUGACAUUGCAAGGGAAGAAGUCUGAUGGUUCAGAUAUGCACAGUCGAACUGCCAGUACAGCAGGCAUAUCACGUGAUCAUGCCAAGGUUAUCAAUUACGGAAGAAUUUAUGGUGCAGGAUUACGCUUCAUUCAAAGGCUGUUGCGGCAGUUCAAUCCUAAAUUGUCAGAAGAAGAAACUCAGCAACGUGCCACACAACUGUUUGCAACUACCAAGGGACAAAAAGGAUGGUACCUCAAUAAGAUGGGACAAAAUCUUGCCUUGGAACUGAAUUAUCCAAUCAGUGGAGAAGCUCUUGAUCGCAAAGAGAUAAAUAAGUUGUUGAGACAGGCCAGAUAUAACAACAUCGAGGCAUCCUUUUAUGAUGUAGUAGCUGGUCCUGCUGUAUGGGUAGGUGGCUCGGAGUCACAUAUGUUCAACUGUUUAGAAGCAAUAGCCAGGUCUGAGGAGCCACGGACACCAGUACUAGGGGCAAGAGUAACUCGUGCCCUUGAAGCAAAGUAUGUGGAUGACCAGUACAUGACUAGCAGAGUGAACUGGGUUGUCCAGAGCUCAGCUGUUGAUUAUCUUCACAUCAUGCUUGUUUCAAUGAGAUGGUUAUUCCAGGAGUACAAAAUAAGAGGAAGAUUUUGUAUUAGCAUCCACGAUGAG